AUGAGAGGUCCAACUCCAAGUGCCGUUGAGCCGCGUCACCGACUGUCAACAUUGUUCAGUGAAGAUACUAACAAAAGAAGGUCUCAAAGAAAUAAGGAUUUUAAAGAUGUUGAGAAAGCAUCGCAUGUUUCCUUCCAAGAUAGGGCGAUGAAUUGCAAGCCGAAUUGGAAAUUUGUUCUGGUUAUUAUUAUAUUGGGAACCUUGCUUACAAUUUUCCAUCCUCCAGCUGUCUAUAAUACUGAUCAUAUAUCAAACUCUAUAUCACGGUCAACAUUGGUAAACAACAGGAAUGGAGAGAUCGGUGGAACUGAUCCCCGUUAUGUAUCAUUUCUUAAUAUCGACUGGAACCAAAUAACUAAUGUUCUUGAAAAUUUGAAGGAUAAGGAGACAUAUCAGGGUGUUGGCUUACUAAACUUCAAUGACAGUGAGAUUGACAACUGGAAACAGCUGGUACCAGAAACCGAGCAUGUAGUCCUUCACCUGAACUAUGCUUCAACUAACAUCACUUGGGAAGACUUGUAUCCAGAAUGGAUAGAUGAAGAAGAAGAAUACGAGUUUCCUACUUGUCCAUCACUACCUAAGAUUCAGGUACCAGGAAAACCACGGCUUGAUCUUAUUGCUGUUAAGCUUCCCUGCAACAAGUCAGGGCGCUGGUCGAGAGAUGUAGCUCGUUUGCAUCUGCAGAUUGAAGCAGCAAGACUUGCUGCUACUUCCAAAGGGCUUCGUCCUGUUCGUGUGCUUUUUGUGACUGAUUGUUUCCCUACUCCAAAUCUCUUCACUUGCAAGGAUAUUAUAAGACGUGAAGGGAAUGUCUGGCUUUAUGAACCCAACCUGCAUAAACUCAGAGAGAAGCUGCAGUUACCAAUUGGUUCAUGUGAACUCUCAGUUCCAUUCAAGGCUAAAGAAAAUUUUCACUCCGAAAGGGCACACCGAGAAGCUUAUGCAACAAUCCUGCACUCUGCACAUAUAUAUGUUUGUGGAGCUAUUACUGCAGCUCAAAGUAUUCGAAUGUCUGGUUCAACACGUGAUCUUGUGAUUCUUGUUGAUGAAACAAUCACUGAUUAUCAUAGGGGUGGUUUGGAACAAGCUGGAUGGAAGAUUCAUACUAUUAAAAGAAUCAGGAAUCCGAAAGCAGAACCAGAGGCAUAUAAUGAGUGGAACUACAGCAAAUUUCGUCUCUGGCAGUUAACUGAUUACGACAAAAUCAUUUUCAUUGAUGCCGACCUUCUUAUACUCAGAAAUAUUGAUUUCCUUUUUGAGAUGCCUGAAAUAUCAGCCAUAGGAAACAAUGCUACACUGUUCAACUCAGGUGUAAUGGUGGUUGAACCGUCGAAUUGUACAUUUCAACUACUUAUGGAUCAUAUCAAUGAGAUUGUGUCCUACAACGGCGGGGACCAGGGUUAUCUUAAUGAAAUUUUCACAUGGUGGCAUCGGAUUCCGAAACACAUGAACUUCUUGAAGCACGUCUGGGAAGGCGAUGAAGAAGAGAAAAAGGUGACAAAAACUCGUCUCUUUGGAGCUGAUCCACCAAUCCUCUAUGUCAUCCACUAUCUAGGUAAUAAACCAUGGCUUUGUUUCCGAGACUACGACUGCAACUGGAACGUGGACAUUCUGCAGGAGUUUGCAAGCAAUGUAGCUCAUGCGAGGUGGUGGAAGCUUCACGAUGCAAUGCCAGAAAACUUGCAGAAGUUCUGUUUGCUUAGGUCAAAGCAGAAGGCGGCAUUGGAGUGGGAUCGUAGACAAGCCGAGAAAGGUAACUACAGCAAUGGUCACUGGAAAAUCAAGAUAAAAGACCCACGAUUGAAAACGUGCUUCGAGGAUUUCUGCUUCUGGGAGAGUAUGUUAUGGCAUUGGGGUGAAAAGAAUUGGACAGAUAAUUCUACUGUUAACAAUUUGCCACCUGCUGUCAAAACCAAAUCUCUAUCUUCUUUAUGA